AUGGCGACCGGCACCGAGGGCAGCAAGCCGUCAUACGUCUCACCGCGGUCGGCAGACGUUAUUCUGUCGGACAUUCGUCCCAUCAAGCUGCACGUCGAGGCCCUCCGAUGCUUGAACGCCCUCCUCGACGAAUUCCUGAGCAGUCUCAUCACCACGGCCCACUCGCUGUCGACCGACCGCCUCAAGAUGGCUCUGCUCAAGGUUCUUCCGACGACGCUGGGAAAGGAGGCGCUGCUGGAGGCUGAGAUGGAGCUGCGGGCGUAUUGGGAGCGAACCAACUCGGCACGACCGGGCUUGUCGUCUGUUGCCGCUGACGCUGGGACGGAGGAGUUCAACCCCCAAUGGGCUGUCGAGUUGAUGCGGUUGAAAUGCGAGGCGUACUCGACUCUGAACGACGCGGACGAAGACGCACAGGCUGAGGUGCGGCUGAGCGAUAAGCUGGGGGGCGCGAGCGCGAAUGCAAGCAGAGCGGUGCUGGUUGCGCCGGCGGCGCUCUAUCUGACUGCGAUCAUGGAACAUAUUCUAUCGAACGUGGGCCGCGUCGCGACGCGAGACAGCAGCCGGACCACUGCCAGCAGCCAGGACCUGUUCGUCGCACUGUGCGAGGACGACUCGAUGUACACUCUGUUCAAGACGAUGCAGGUGUACGGCCAAAUCGAGAGUCUGACCAAGCCGCCCCAAUCGAGACGCAGCAAGUCCAUGUCCCGACCGAACGAUCGCCAUGAGACGACGUCGCCGCUUCCGGAUGGCCCCUAUAAGGACGCCACGUCGACGUCGCGCGCCCGCAUCUCGUCUGAAUCCUCGACCUCUGCCGCCAACGGCGCCGCCCCUUCCCGAAGCUCAUCAGAGAAGGUCAAGGGGUUCCAGCUCUUCAAGGCACCGAAUCGUUCAUCAAUAGAUCGCGACAUGCCUCAUGCCGACCUGGGUUCCCCCCGAAGGGCGGACGGUUCGCAGGACGGGCCUAGAAAAAGCUCGGGGGGCCACAGCGACUCUCACAUAAGCGAUCCGUCCUUCGACGAUCAGGACGACCUCGAUACGGAGUUUGACGAUUUGAUGCGCUCGGGGGACACCAGGAAAGUGUCGCUUACACCUGACAGAUUGAGGACGAUGGAGGACUACAAGCAGGAAAGAAACCAACGGUCAAAACGAUCAGUAGCAGAGAACAUAGCGCCCUAUCAAAAGGAUUCGCUCUCGCUACCUCUUAUGGACGCCCCCUCAAGACCUGUAGGUGGCCGGCGCCCGUCUCUGCGUGCUGUAGACUCUAUCGUUGAAGACGACGAGGAGCCGAACGGCGUGCCGCCCUUGCCAGCUGACAUGCGCAGCCGACUUCACGAUAAUACCCGACAUUCCCCUCAAACUCCCCCUCCGUCAUCGUCCCGCAUCCGCUCUCUGUCCACCUCUCACACGCCAAACGCGUCUUCUAUCAUGCGCAAAGUCUCUCUUAGCGCUGGGAAUUCCUCGCCACCGGUUUCUAUGCGUUCUAAGUUCGAUCAGCGUCUGGUAACCAAGCAGGACGACGCAGCUGGUCUACCCAAACGAACGCGUAAAAUACAACGUAAUCGUGAAUCGCUUGAUUUGGAUGCCGUCAUGAACGGCUCUGAUGACGAGGAGGAGAACUACGCCCCUAUGGUCGAGGCAAAGCCUACACCAAAGCACAAGGGUGUCUCUAGCAGCACGCGAGAGCUGAUGGACUUCCUUGCUGAAGGGCCGCCUACCGAAUUGCAACCUCAGAGACUGGCCGCUGCGAGUUCCGUUUCGCUGACGCCGACCACAAAAUCGUCCAAGUCGUCUGGGCGGUUGCAGAGGAUGAUAUCCAAGCUGAGUCUGGGAGGCGAUAAGUCUGAUUCUUCACAGAGAGUGCACAGGAUCACCUCGGCGGGUGCUAUGAGUGCACCUCCUACACCAUCUUUAGGCAGUAUGAUGCCGCUACCUCCUGCGCUCAAACCUGUUCCCCCUCGUAUUCCCUCCAUCCCUAUUUCACCCCCUUCGUCGCCGUCCCGAGGCCCCACCCCUGAGGUAUCUAUCCGUGAUCAGGAUACAGACCGCACACGUACUUACUCCUUUGCGCGUAAGGCUGUACCUAAUUGGGGGCCUCCUGAGGAAGUACCCGUCCCCACUCCUCCGAAAGAUCGAUUCACCCCAUCCCCUCGUCCUCCGCCCUCGCCUCUACCGCUUUCCAAGCACUCACCCGCAUCAAGUACCCUGUCCGUCAAUGGCGUCGUGAAGCCCGUGGCGAAGCGGGAGCCUGUGACAGCUCUUCGGGAGGAGGACAACAGACCGAGGUCGGCUCGUUCAGACAAAACCGUCAAUGGAUCCUCGACAGUUGUGGAGAAUGGCACUGCGAAAGAUGCUGGGGUCAAGACAGAACUUGCCGUCCACAAGCCGCCUACUUAUAAGCCGAGGCCGUCGCGUGCUGGGCGCCCCGCGUCAGGUAGUUCGGAUGCAGGCUCAAAACGAGCUAGCAUGCGCAAGCCCGCUCCUACGCCCGAACUCCCAGACGUUGCUUCACAACCACCUUCUCUGUCAGAAGAAAUGGCGCUAGAAAUGCGCCGGUUCCUCUCGAAAGCGAGUACCGCUGAUGAGUGUCGUCUGUUGGUGGAUAUGUUUAUGGCCAAGGCGGGGAUCUCCACAUCAGUCCCUGCCGAACGCGAUGAUGCUUCGACUCCUCCGCCGCUCACGGACGCAUCAUCCGAGUCGUCGUCCUCUUCAAACUCGACGGUGCCCACACUAGAAUCUUCUUUGGUUGAGAUGUUCCUCGGAGGAGAGAUCAACGGCUCUCUAUUUUCGAGCGAUAUCGACGGUGGCAGCGCUCUGGCCCCUGUGUCUCCCCCGUAUACCCCUAAGCUCGGUGAUGGGGAGGACAUUGCCAAGCCUCGUAAUAUCCCUCCCGCUCUUUCUGUCGAAACUCGUGGAGAUGCACCUGUCUCCUGACCUACUUCGUUCUUUAUUCUAGGCUUAACGCCCCUGGUGGUGAUGGCUUAACUUAACGCAGGUUAUUCUUAUCGGUUGAUCCGUUCAUCGUCGCGUGUUCACUCCUGUCCAUACAUUAUAAUCCGGAUUUUUUUUCUUUAUUUCGUACCUUACUCGUCUGUUCCUUGCUUUCUCUGGUUUGUCAGUAUGCUCGACCCUAUCCUCAUUCCCAGCGCACUAUCUUCAGGUGGAUUCCGUACUAUGAUAAUACAUAUAUACUCCAUACUGUGUCUGCGCUGAUCAUCAUUCAUUUAUUUGAUGUGCUCCGUCUAUCUUUAUUACCUCUUCUGAUUGUUUUAUGGUUUCUGAUAAGAAACGACAUGGGUCAAUAUG